AUGCAGCACGAGGAUCACUUAGGGAAAUUGGAGUUGGCGAGCCGGCUUGUUCAACUUCAUCAUCGGAGACUCUCGAACUCGGGGUUACCAUUCGUUGGUGCCAUCUGUCCAGCAGCUGACAAAACUUACCACCAGUCGGGAGUAAACGUCGUCGGAAGUCUCGAUGGGCAAGGGCCAGAGCCUAACACGGUUGGUGAACAAAUAAAAGGACUGCCAAACCUGCAAGAAACGAGAGAUCCGUACAAUGCUAUCGUAAUCCUGAACGACAGAGUGAAAAGAGACAAAGCCAUGACUAUGGAAGAAAGAAGAAAAAAACAGGAGCAAAAUGAUCGGCGCACAACCAUAGGGCUGGCUGCUAGGCAGGCGGAUGCUAAUCACGACCGCGCAGUACAGCAAGCCCAUCAAUUUGUGAAUCAAGUAAUGAAUUUUCAAAGACAAGGCAUGAAUUUGCGAAACGCAACGGAGCGUGUGAUAAUGCAGAAUCCAGAGGCGACUGUAAAUAUCAUGCGCCAUGGAAACAAUGCUCGUCGUCACUGAGUCACAAAUCCCUCAUAAACGUUCGAGCUGGUAAAAGAAAGAUUAGAAAAA